AUGGAGAGCAAUUCCACGUCGGACAUUAUUAUUUUGAGCGGAAACUCACAUCCAGAGCUUGCAGAUCUGAUAGCUGACCGUCUUGGUGUGCGAAAGGGAGGAUGUUCAGUAUACCAUAAAACUAACCGUGAAACUAUGGUGGAAAUCGCUGAUUCUAUCAGAGGCAAAAAUAUUUACAUUGUUCAAACUGGUACAAAGGAUGUUAACAACAACAUAAUGGAGUUACUGAUCUUGGCUUAUGCAUGCAAAACAUCAUCCGCGCGAUCCAUUGUGGGAGUUAUUCCCUACUUACCAUAUAGCAAACAGUGUAAAAUGAGGAAACGUGGUUGCAUUGUUACAAAGCUUCUGGCUCAAAUGAUGUGUAAAUCUGGGUUAACACACAUUAUCACUAUGGACCUGCAUCAGAAAGAGAUACAGGGAUUUUAUGAUUGCCCAGUUGAUAAUUUGAGGGCUUCACCAUUUUUGUUGCAAUACAUUCAAGAAAGUAUUCCUGACUAUCGUAACUCUGUAAUAGUGGCACGUAACCCAGGAUCAGCAAAAAAAGCCACAUCAUAUGCAGAGCGACUUCGUCUUGGAAUUGCUGUAAUACAUGGAGAACAAAAAGAAGCAGAAAGUGAUGAAGUGGAUGGACGAUACUCCCCACCAUGCAUUCCGAGUGUUGACAGAUCCCGUACAAUGGAUGUUUCCGUUGGUGUGCCUGUACAUCCAGCUAAAGAGAAGCCACCCAUAAAUGUUGUUGGUGAUGUAGGAGGAAGAAUAGCUAUCAUGGUGGAUGACAUGAUUGACGAUGUUCAGUCAUUUGUUGCUGCAGCUGAAGUGCUAAAGGAAUGUGGUGCAUAUAAAAUAUAUGUUCUGGCAACACAUGGCUUACUCUCAUCAGAUGCACCACGUCUCAUUGAAGAUUCUCCUAUUGAUGAAGUUGUUGUAACCAAUACUGUUCCACAUGAGCUCCAGAAAAUGCAGUGUAAUAAAAUAAAAACAAUUGAUAUUUCUGUACUGCUUAGUGAAGCAAUCAGACGCAUACACAACAAGGAAUCAAUGUCUUACCUAUUUAAAAAUGUUACACUUGAAGAU